AUGCUCCAUAUCCUCUCAACGCCUCGCUCUCGUGAUGCGCCCCAUGCCAGCUUGCGAGAAAUAAGAAUCCGGCCCUUCGUGGCCCUUUGUGCCGGCGCCAAGGUCGGCUAUCGCUUUGUCCUACCUGUCUCCCUCAUUGCUUUGGUCUGUCAAUGCCUGGAACUCGAGCGCGACGAAGACUCGGCACUAGAGCUGCUUGAGCUCGUCGAUCCGGAUCCCUCGGCCGGCGCCGCUGAGCCGCUAACCCCCAACGGCCGAUGGCCUUGGCUGGGCGACGGAGCUGGCGCCCGCGAUCCUGCCGGGGAAGUUGAUUUCGACGACCGUGGAGACGGCUCUUCCGAAUCGCCGACGCCGAGAGCCGUCGGGUCCACGGGGGCAAGCACCGUGGCCGCCCCCAGGAGCGCCCCCGCGCUCGCCGUUUGCAUACCCGAUGAUGACGACGAACCGCUUCGAGAGCCGCCCUGCCGGUUCCUGGGGCAAGGUGUCAGCGGGUCGAUCCUGGCCGUUUCCAUGUCCUGGAAGCCGUUAAAGGUGCUCGAGCAGCAGCAGCCCAUGGUGGAAGAGGGAGAGGGGGACGUGGGAUGUUGA